GUUUUUUUUUGUUUGGACAGAAGUAGCACAUGUUUUACUUUAUUAGUAGUAAAUGUAGGGGGAAGGCAAGAUUGGGUAAUGAUUUGUAUAGAGGACCACCUAAGGGAGACUGUAUUUUUAUAAAAAUGUAUUGAUAUAUAUUAAUAUUUUUCUGAUACACAUAUGUUUCCGGUAAUAUUUGUGAGUCAUUACUCUAGCAAGAAUCAGUAAAGGAAUGUCUAUGUAAAAAGAUACGAUAUGAAAACUGAAUUUGACAUGCUUCUAAAAAUGUAAUUUCAUUUUGAAUAACCGCUGAUUGACAUUGAUUCCCCGUAUUAAUAUGAAAAUUGUGUCAUUCCUAAUGUAAUCAGCUGUUAUUCAAAAUGAAAUUUCAUAUUUAGAAGCAUGUCAAAUUCAGUUUUCAUAUCGUAAGGGUCAACACAUUGAUUUCCCAUUUAAUACAUCGUAAGUUUCAAGAUAUACGACUGACCUUCACCAAUCACCAGUAUAGUGAUAAUAUGUCUAUAUAAAUUAUAGAGUGUUUUCAAUUUUGAGACACAUGACAAAUUAAAUGUCAACCAAAAUUAGGAUGGCGCUUGUUGUAAACCUGUUAUCUCUUCUGUUUUCAACAGUUAUAAUUCAUUUCAAUCAAAAUACAGUGCCUCUCAGAUCUUUCAAGAUAAGUGAAAAUGUAACAUAUGAUUGCAUAGAUAUUUACAAGCAACCAGGGCUCCAGCAUCCUUUUCUCAAAACCCACAAAAUUCAGAAGAAAUCAUCUGUUUCAAGACCUGAGUUAAAGAUGCAAACUGGCAAAAACGAAACAUCUAACAAAAGGAAAAUAGUAUGUCCAAAUGACACAGUUCCUAUACUGAGAAAUACAAAAGAAUAUGUCACAAACUCGCAAAUGUUUGCUGAGAAGCAUUUUCAUCCGUUAUCAGCCGAUAGUCCUGGAACGCAUAUUGCUGGAGUAAGAUCAUCUGUUGGUCCAUUUCGUGGUGUACAAGCUUGGUUUAGUGGAAAUUCGCUAAACGUGGGAAAGGAUCAAGUCUCAUAUAGUCACAUAUAUAUAGGCAGUGGUUCAGAAAACCAAGUCAAUUAUAUCUCAGCGGGUUGGAUUAUAAAUCCAGGUCUAUAUGGAGACCAACGUGUUUGGACAUUUGGAUUUUGGAAGGGUAAGGAUGGGAAAGGAUGUUACAAUACCGCAUGUUCAGGGUUUGUUCAAGUAUCAAAGGUGAUUCCAAUUGUCGAGCCCUAUGAUCUUAAGACAGGGGUCCCUGGCUGGAUGCGAUAUUCCAUUCAUCAGGAUAAAAAUACAGGAAACUGGUGGAUUACACAACUUAUGAAAGAUGCACCUAAUGAAGAUAUCGGUUAUUGGCCAAAAGAAUUAUUUAACCUUUUAGACAAUGGUGCAAAUAUGGUUGGAGUUGGUGGUGUGGUUCAGGCUUCACGUUCUGGUUUAAGCCCUCCCAUGGGUAAUGGUAAUUUACCAAAUGCAGGCCGUCAAAAUUCAGGAAUUUUUACAAAUAUUGAAGUUCUGAAUUCCAACUAUAAGCAACGUAAAAUGAAUUCUUUCCGUACAGAGAAUUUAUUAGAUAGUGAUAAAUGUUAUGGGUUAAGAAUUGGUACGGUAAAACCAUUCCAUCGUACUCAUCUAGGUUUCUUUUUCAAUUAUGGUGGUCCGGGGGGGAUUUCAUGUGGAGUAUGACAUUUGCCAACAUAGUUUUACAAAAUUAAUAAGAGAUGAAGGAUAAUUCGUCAAACUAAAAAAAAGUGCAUUGAAUAACUACUUAAAUUUAAUGUACAUAUAGAUAUAUGGAAAUUUUUAUUCAUUCCGUUUCUGUUUUAAAAAACAUAUUUAUUAUAAGAAAAUUUAUCUAAUUAUUUAAUAUAUGUUUAUGAUAUUUAAAAUAUUAUUUUAAUGUUCAUUUGAAAAUAAUAGAAUUUUAAAAAUAAACUUUUGACUUUUAAUUUCAAAUUAAAUAAAAAAAUGGUUGAAGUUGGAAUUUGAUUAUGAAUUAAAUAC